AUGAAUGUGGUAGGGAAAGUUGGAAGUUUGAUAAGCCAAGGUGUGUACUCAGUUGCUACUCCUUUUCACCCCUUCGGUGGUGCUGUUGAUGUGAUUGUUGUUCAGCAACAAGAUGGUACAUUUAGAAGCACACCUUGGUAUGUUAGGUUUGGUAAAUUCCAAGGUGUUCUUAAAGGUGCUGAGAAGGUUGUUAGAAUAAGUGUUAAUGGUGUUGAGUCUGACUUCCAUAUGUAUCUUGACAAUUCUGGGGAGGCUUAUUUUGUGAAGGACGUGGAUGAGGAGAAAGGGAUUAAUCUUGAUCAAGAUUCUGAUAACAAAAGUGGUAAUUUUUUGAGUAAUGCUCAUGUACUUGAUCAUUGUCUCUCGGAUUCUGGGGUGCUUGGGUUGAAAGGUGAAGUUGAUUCAUCUGUUGUACCUCGAAUUCAGAGGACGGAAUCUGAUGGGAGAUAUUAUGACUUCCAUGAUUCUUUUGACAGUUCUGUUGAUUUAUCGGAUUACGGGUCUAACUCGUAUGAGAAUCUAGAGGGUGAAAAUUCCGUGGACUCAAAGGGUCCUCACCCUGAGAUGGUUUUAGUGAGUGUUGAUGGUCAUAUAUUGACGGCUCCUAUCUCAGAAUCAGAGCAGAAUGAGGAAAAUGUCCAGUUAAGAAAUCCUCAAUUUCAUCUCGGCCCGGCGGAAGAGACUGACAUAUGUGAAGGAAAUGAAGAGUUUAGUUCCGGUGAAACUGCUUGGGCUGCUGAUUAUAUUACGCAGCUGGAUGUUUCAACAGACGAUGUCCAGUCCAUUCGACGUGACACUAAUGGUAAUGAUAACACCUCCAUGGCCCCACUUGAAGUUUGUCAAAGAGAGGAGGUGAGUAUUCGUCAAUCACAAGAAACUUUGGAGGUCGAAAUUCAAGACCUUCAUACGAUAACCAAUUCAGAAGGUGUGGUUGCAUCUGGUCUCAAGAAAGACAGUGUCUUCAAAAGCUGUUUGGAGCUACAGGAUUUUAUGCAGCAGGACUUGCAUGACUCUGGUUCAUUAUUGAAGGUUAAAAAUUCAUCUGAUGAACCUAAUGCAAGUUCUCCUUUAGUUGAUGAAAAUGAACGAGAGUUAGUUAUACAAUCUGAUGCAAGUUCUUCUGUAGUUGAUGAAAACAAACAAGAGAGCAUUGAAAAAUCUCAAAAUAUUAACAGAUUAUCCUCCACAACUAGUUCUACUUCUGGUGGCCAUAAAUCUCCAAAGUCGGAAUCAGGACUUCAAGAUCAAGAGGUUGAAAAGGAUGCAUCAGGAGAAGUUGAAACUGCUUCCAGCUCUCCUUCUGUCAUUGAUGAUACUGAAAGGAAUAACGAACAAGUUCCCAUGUCGGUAUCGAAUGGCGGGGAAGAUGAUAGUCGUCAAACCACUUCACUCGAAAAUAUUAGUAAUAGUGCAAGUGAGGUGGUGGAACCUCAAACCGGAACUUCUAGUAAAGUUGAUCGAAUCCAUUCUGGUUUGGGAUUUGAGAUAUCCCUUUGUGGUUAUGAACUUAAGGCGGGUAUGGGUUUGGAAGCUGCUGCUGGAGUGUUUGAAGCGCAUCGAAUAUCGGAAGAGUCUUUUGCAAAUUCCGCACAGUCAAUAAUUAAAAAUCAAAAUCUUGUUAUCAAGUUUAAAGAGAUGUACUUGACGUGGGAAAAGGCUGCUCCUCUUGUUCUCGGAACUGCUGUAUUUGGUUUAAAUAUACCUGUUGAGCGGAAAGAUGCAAUUCCUGUGGAACAAGAUCAACAAUCACCUACAUCUGGACGUAGAUGGAGACUUUGGCCUAUUCCUUUUCGAAGGGUCAAGACACUUGAGCACAAUUAUAGCAAUGCAUCAACUGAGGAGGUAUUUCUAGAUUCCGAGUCUGGGGCCCUUGUAGAACCAACUCCAACAUCGAGCUCCGAGGGUUCUCCUCGUAAGCAAUUUAUAAGGACAAAUGUUCCCACCAAUGAACAGAUAGCAUCGUUGAAUCUUAAAGACGGUCAAAAUACAGUAACCUUCAGUUUCUCUACAAGGGUUCUGGGAACACAGCAGGUUGAUGCUCAUAUAUACUUAUGGAAGUGGAAUGCAAGAAUUGUAAUUUCAGAUGUUGAUGGAACUAUUACAAAGUCUGAUGUUUUAGGACAGUUCAUGCCUUUGGUUGGCAAAGAUUGGACACAAUCUGGGGUGGCAAGGCUUUUCUCUGCCAUUAAGGAAAACGGAUACCAGCUGCUGUUUUUGAGUGCCCGUGCAAUUGUCCAGGCAUAUCUAACGAGGAACUUCCUACUUAACCUGAAACAGGAUGGAAAAACCUUACCUAAUGGACCUGUUGUUAUUUCUCCUGAUGGAUUAUUUCCUUCACUUUUCCGAGAAGUGAUAAGAAGAGCACCUCAUGAAUUCAAGAUUGCUUGUCUAGAGGAUAUCAAAAGACUUUUCCCUUCUGAUUAUAAUCCAUUCUAUGCGGGGUUUGGCAAUAGAGACACAGACGAGCUUAGUUACAGGAAGAUUGGAAUCCCAAAGGGCAAAAUAUUCAUUAUUAACCCUAAGGGUGAGGUGGCUAUUAGUCAACGUAUUGGCGCAAAGUCAUAUACAUCGUUACAUACCCUCGUCAAUGACAUGUUUCCGCCUACUUCUUUGGUCGAGCAGGAGGAUUACAACGCAUGGAAUUAUUGGAGAAUGCCAUUGCCAGAUGUUGACUAA